AUGGCCUUUUUUGAAGUUCUCAAGGAAAAGGCAAUCAACACCUUCAACCAAGUGGUUUUAGAUAAGAAAGUAGGGUUAGAUGUUUUGACCAAAGAGCAGAUAUUCUGCUUUUCAUUCAAUAUUCCAGAAGAGGAAAAAGUAUUAUACCUGUCCAAGGUGGUUUUUGACUUUGGUAGAAAAGAGAGAGAGAGGUUGUCCGGUAAUUCUAGUAGCAGUAACCAUAAGCUUCCCGGAAGACGAGAUGCUGCUGCUGCGAGAACACAACACUAUCAGGGCCUGUUGUACUUGACUGAACAUUUCUUCCUUUUCCAAGAUGAUCAAGAUCUUCAAGACUGUUCUUUUACGCUACAAAUAUCCACCAUACGGAAAGUGGAAAGGGAGCCGUUGACCUUUGAUAAUUACCUCGUGUUGAUAUUGACGACAACAAGUAAUUUGCGGCUCAGGUUCCUUUUCGAUGCAGGCAGAAGAUCCGAUAACGAGAGGUUUGCUUUAGGAUUGUCUAAUGUGUUGAAAAAGAAUCAGCCCAACAUCAAAAAGCUAGAUCAGUUCAUUCAAACGUGUUAUUCAGAGUACCUAUUGUCAAGAAACAAGGUAUCCAACAUAGUCGUGGAACACGUUCCACCAGGCGGUUUGGGUCUAAUGUUUAAAUUCCCAGGAAACCCCAAAGAGUCGAGAGACAAAACAAAGUUAAAGCUUUGGUUUGAUUUAUUUAUUGAAGACGGCAGAAACUUGUCGUUGAUCAAAACACCCAUGUUUUACAAAUUGAUUAGAGUUGGCUUGCCAAAUCGAUUAAGAGGAGAAAUAUGGGAACUAUGUUGCGGAUCAAUGUAUUUGCGAUUGCACAACACGGGGGAGUACACAAAGUUACUAGAAGUUAAUAAGGAGAAGAAGUCUUUUGCAAUAGAGGAAAUCGAAAAGGAUCUAAAUAGAUCCUUACCUGAAUAUGCCGCUUACCAAUCCGAAGAAGGUAUUGGGCGUUUGAGGAGGGUGUUGACCGCGUACUCGUGGAAAAACCCAGAGUUGGGCUACUGCCAAGCAAUGAAUAUUGUCGUUGCUGCAUUGUUGAUAUACAUGUCGGAAGAGCAAGCGUUUUGGACUUUGAAUGUCUUGUGUGACAGAAUAGUGCCCGGGUAUUACUCAAAAACUAUGUACGGAACAUUAUUGGACCAGCGAGUGUUUGAAUCAUUGGUGCAAACAACGAUGCCGCUACUUUGGGAACACAUUACUAAAAAUGAUAUCCUGUUGUCCGUUGUCACUUUGCCAUGGUUCUUGUCUUUGUACCUAUCUUCCAUGCCGCUUGUUUUUGCUUUUAGAAUCCUAGAUAUAUUUUUCAUGCAAGGACCAAAAACUUUAUUUCAAGUUGCACUUGCAAUAUUCAAGGUUAAUGGCGAGGCUUUGUUAAAGACUGAAGAUGACGGGUCCUUUAUUUCAUUGAUCAAGGAGUACUUUUAUACAUUGGACUCCUCUGCACACCCAGCAUCACCCCAAUUGAAGUACCGAAACAUCACUAAAUUUCAAGAUUUGCUCCUGGUGGCAUUUAAAGAAUUUUCAAUUAUUGAUGAUGAUAUGAUCAACUCCCAUAGAAAUAAACAUCGAGAAAGCAUAUAUCAAAACAUCUCCACUUUUGUGAAACGAACUGAAAUUCGGAAUUUACCCAAGACUCCAAACAUUCCACAAAAAUCGCUAGAUAUAUUGUAUGAUAGGUUUUAUUCCGUUGUGGAACAAUCAAACAUCACAAAAGGAUCAGGUUCGAGUUCAAUUGAUUUGAAGGCCUUUGUAAAGUUCAUGUCGGAAAUAUGUGACUGGGUCAAUGCUGAAGAAAUUACUGAUAGCGGUUUUGGAGAGUUUCCCUUCCUCACAAAAACUUUUGAACAUUGGGAUUCACGAAAGCAGAAUGCAUUGUCAUUUUCCGAUUUAGUCAUUGGUCUAAAUGCUCUAGUAGAGCCUGAUUUGAUGACUUCAAUGUCCAACUUUUUCUCCAUCUAUGAUAUCAAGAAAGAUGGUAAAAUUGACAAUGAGGGAAUUUUGAAAAUGUCCGAAGACUUGUUGUAUAUCACUAACCCGUGGAAACAGGGACUUUUGAUGGAUGGAGUGACCCGAGCUAAAAUCCAACAAGAAGUUACAGAGGAGAUAUUGAAAAGACAAGAUGUUGAUGGUGAAACUGUUGUCGAUGGCAGCGGGUCUGAAAAAGUUGCUGCUGCUGCUGAAGAAGCCCCUCAUAUUCACGUUGACAGGGAGAAGAUUUUAACUCAGCAAAUGGAGCGAUACUUGGAAUCUGCUAGUACCUUUAUUAAAAGAGCAUUUGAAUAUGCACAACCAAAAGAAGACGAGGAAGAACCUUUGAUCCGGGAUUUAUAUAUAAGUUCUAAAAUAUCACACAAUGCAGCUUUGGAUCCCACACAUCCAGUGUACCUCAACUUGGCAACGUUCCGCAUGGUGAUACUUGCCGAUGAAACUUAUGAAUUGUUGUUUAGUACUACACUAAGACAAUCCAUCCACAUUGAUCGUCCUUUGGACUCCGAUUUCAACCCAAUGAGGAACUUGCGAGAUAUGUUUGAUGGCUUACUUGCCGAUGGAAUGAAAGUUGCUUCCAAGGUUAGACUGAGAAUGGACUCUAAAGCUUCUCAAUUAAGCAAUAACAGCGGAGCAGGGUCGAGCGGUUCAUCCUUGAGAUCUAACAAGACUCAGACCACAGCUGCUACUGCCGCUGCUACUUCAACAGGAAACACAGCGGUACAAGAGGAUGACGAGGACAGAGAUGAUGAUUUUGGUGUAAUUUUAAUUGAUGAAAAGGAUAAAGAUUUGAUCUUAUUAGCUACAGAAACCAGCACAUUAAAUGAACCAAAGAAAAGUUUGCUCACGAGUUCUAAUUCGAUCAAAGAUGUUGGCGAUACAGAUAAUGCUAAAAAAGGCAGAACUGAUGUAAAUCUAAUAGAUUUUGGAGCUCAAUGA